GAACAAUGAAGAAUUCCUACGUCGAGGUAAGACCAGUCGUCCAUUUGUCAGGGAGGGCACGAGGAGCGAGGACAUCCCUGCAAGCAGCUGUGCCUCACGAGGACCCCUAGGACUUAACCUUAAUAUAAAAGGCAUCGACAACACGCCGUGAGAGAAGCAAGCAAGGACACCAUGAGACUUUUCAUCUGUAUCCUGCUGGUCUCGGUCGCCGCCGCAAGUGGAGAAUGGAGUUUCUGGAACAUGUUUGGAGGCAGAAAAGACCAACUUCUCCGCCAAGACGACGACGAGGAGAUCAUCCCUGAUGAGGACUGUUACACCGGGAAGGGGGAGAAGUACAAGGGGAAGGUUUUCCUGACGGAGAAGGACGAGAUGUGUCUGCGGUGGGACUCCAGCGAGGUUCUGUUCCGCUCCUUCAACGUCCUGACGCAUCCUGACGGCGAGUACGGGGUGGGGGAACACAACUACUGCAGGAACCCCGCCCCCGGGAUUGUGGGCCGACCCUGGUGCUACGUGUCGUCUGACAACGACUGGGACUACUGUAACAUUCUGAAGUGCUUGGGAACAGACGAUGGUGAUGACAAAUGCGCAACUCCCGUGUGUAACAACAUCUGCGCGUACGGCUUCAAGAAGGACGAGCGUGGCUGUGACACCUGCGACUGUAAGGAUCCUCCAGGUGGUAAGGCCACCACGGCAAAGCCCACCACGGCAAAGCCCACCCCAAAACCUACCACCAAAAAGCCGGAGGAAAAGACAACAGCAAAACCAAAGGAGACCACGAAGGCUGCCCCCACGGGUGCCCUGUGUCCGGCCAUCGAUCUGUCCGGGCUGGCCACCACGCCUGUGUCCAGCUGUCCGUCAGGGCUGAAGCACACCGUCGGUAAGGUCUGCUGGGUCAUGUGUACCAACGGCGCCCCGAUAGAGAUCGCCGUGUGCCAGGAUGACGGCACCUGGUCCAAGGACUUGUCCAAGAUCAUAUGUAAAGAAUCAGCACCCAAGGUGCCGGAUGAGCCCACCACACCGAAGGUGGAAGUCACCACGAAGAAGGUUACAACUAAGAAAGCCACCACUCCUGCACCGGUCAAGACAACCGUCAAGAAAACAACGGUCAAGCCCACAACGGUCAAACCCACAACGGUCAAACCGACCGUUGCCAAGACGACCCGAAAGCCCGAAGCGGCUGAGAAGCCGAAGCCGGCCACCAUGGGCCCGAAGACCGCCCCGCCGACCCCGGCGUCGCUGACCAAGACGUGCCCGAAGCUGAACAUCCCGGAGGGCUCCCUCACCAACUGUUACGGCGCCGAGCAGAAGGUGCAGACGUCGUGCGGGGUUCUCUGUCUCAAGUCAGACAAGGCCGGUCCCAUCACCAUGACUACGACUUGUCUGGAAGACGGCAAGUGGUCGAAACCAAAGGAAGGAAAGCUUGCUUGUGAAGUGAACCCCAUCAUUCCUCCUGGUGCCAUGAGUGACGGAAGCGUGAAGAUGCCCACCGACAAGACGACUGCCAAACCGGGGGAAGCAGCAAAACCCACCAAAGCUCCUGCCGCCAAAACCGAGAAGCCAACCAAGAAGCCAACCGUCAAACCAACCACCAAAGCUCCUGACGGGACAGACGUGACCUGCUUCACGUCUCGCGGACAGAACUAUCGCGGUAAACAGGCCACCACUCGCGAUGGGCAGCUCUGCAUGAAGUGGAGCGACCCACUGUUGAAGUACUACUAUUACAACACCUUCAACUUCGGCAAGCAGGACGGCCUGGGCGACCACCGGUACUGCCGAAACCCCGCCCCCGAGUCGGAGCCCUGGUGCUACUACAAGGCCGUCAACGGACAGGUGGAGUACAAGGUCUGCGGAGUUCCCAAAUGUUAGACCGACUCACUCACCCACACAGCUUCGAGAUAUCCAUACGCGCGAAGACUCAUUAAGUAUUCAAAAUGGCGGACGAUUGCAGUUGAUGAGGAGGGUAUAGAACUCGAAAAUCACAUACAACAUGAGACAGUAUCAUUAUACAAUUUGCCUUCUUCAGUCGAAACAUUCUAGGAAAACAUCUCUUCGUUCAACGUUGAAAGAGUGGGUUGACAUAUAAGGUAGUAAAAGCAGCAAACGCUGGAAUUCUCAUAAGUGCCUCAAAAAGAUACCUCUUUCUAUUUGAUACAAUCUGAUCAAUUUGUAAUAGAAGUAUUCUUCUAAAUAAUAUGAAUGGUUUUCAUCUGUUGAUAGUGGGUGCAACAGCAAAACUAGAAUAUACCGAAGAAACUGCAUCCUAUUGAAGGAUGAAAUCGUCGAUUAAUAUUUUUGUACCAAAAAUGACAAAAAAUGGUGAAAGUUUGACUCCUUUAUCAUUUCACCGUGUUAUCAUUAUUUGAAAGAUAUAUGGUACAAUUUUAUAGUUCAUCAAAGUAUACCAACACUGUAUGUUUUGUAUAAUCAUCAUUUAGUGGUCAAGCGGUGUUAGCUGUUGGACAUAUAUAAUCCCAUGUUUGAUGCAUGAAUAUUAAUUACAGCAUCUAAUUACAUUCGAAACACGUGUAGUUAUGAUUCCCGUCUACAUUGCUCGCGUCAUAAAUGUAUGACAGAAAAAUAAUGCUUUCUAGGACCCUAUGUAAUGAAUUUUCAUGGUAUGUAUUUAACUUGAUUUCCUUGUGAUUAUUUCACAAUUGUUCUACAUUGCUUUCUUAAGUUGGUGCUGGCGUUUCUAAUUUCUUGAACAAGUAAAUGUUUGUUGUUGAAUAAUACCUUCAUUAAGUCACAUCUUUUAAGCCAAUUAUGCAGGUUCUCUGAGGUAUCGUUGGGUACUAGUGUUGUAUAUAAAUUUUGUGACACAUAGCUUCAGUGGUACGCACGACGUAGUCUCUACCAGACUAAUCACACUGGCUAUAUAUAGGGCAAUAAUUGCCAGGGAGUUUGGCCGCCUUGUAGGUUUGAUUGGCCGCGCAGUUAGGAAAGAAACUACCUCCCCACGGCCGGACUCCCUUUGCCAAUUUUACCUCUUUUUUAGCCGAAUUCUACGACCGUAUUCCCGUAGAAAGGCCUGGUGGACACUACGUACCACGCACUAUUCGAUGGUAAAUCACUCUAGUUAUAAAAAGCAACAAAACGAACAAUACCUCUUUAGGACAGACAACCAGAAAAGUAAUAGAGCAUUAGA